ACCAAGAGCCAAUCAGAUGCAUCCUCUAGUUAUAUUCCCGGAAGUUAAGAAUAGCCUGUCAUUGCGGAAGUAGCUUCAGUGAAGAAAACCUUUUUUAUUGAGAAUUGAAGGAUAAUAAUUUACUGUCGUGAGAAAACGAGUCACGUCAUAUAGUUAGAGAUUACUACCCGUUUUACUGUGUCUAUUGCUGGCUUUUUGAAAAGGAGUAAAAUGUGUAAUGGUUGUGUGCAGAAAGAGUACCCCGACAGGGGGAACACAUGUUUGGAGAAUGGCUCCUACCUGAUGAACUACCUGGGCUGUGCCAACUGUCACCAGAGGGACUUUGUGUUGAUCAGCAACAAGGCCACAGAGGAUGAGGAUGGAGAGGAGAUAGUCACCUAUGAUCAUGUGUGUAAAAACUGUGACCACGUCGUAGCCAGGCAUGAGUAUACCUUCUCUGUGGUGGACGAUUAUCAGGAGUACACAAUGUUGUGCAUGCUGUGUGGGAAGGCGGAGGACUCCAUCAGUGUGCUGCCAGAUGAUCCCAGGCAAACCGCCCCUCUCUUCUAGAAGAGUACAAUGACAGACUGAGAUGACCAGAUGUAAACAAUCAAGAACUGCAAGCUCAACAUGGACCAGAAGUCCCAUGAAAGAGAUGGACUAUUAGCAUUCUAGAAAAUAGACCAGGUAUUCUAGAACACAUAUCACUUCUCAAACCCAAAGCCAUAUAGCCAUGCAUCUCUAUAUGGCUCUGCCCAGACAUAACAUUUCACUUAUGGAACACAGAGCUUGUCUAAGAUGGCAAGUCCUAUAUUCAUCAAAUUGAAGGAAUAAUACCUUAAGUCUUCUUCUUCUUCUAAUAGUCUUCUUUAACAUAGACUUUUCAUCAGCAUUAAGGGUAAGCAAAGACUAUAUAGUAUAGUACAUGCUACUCUUCAGUGACCACAGAUGUAUAUACUGUCCAAUUUUGCUAGAAUUAGAUUUAGGGCCUAGUUCACUCAGUAACAACCCCAACCCCCACCCCAUAAGCACUAUUAGAGAUUCAUCUUGGCUUAUCAGAGCGCAAGAAGAAGCUACUACCAUAUCACAUUUACCUAAGGAUCUACAUUAAGUUUGUUGAAGGUUUGGGGGCUACGGGUUGUUUCUGUAUAGGGUCUAGGUUGGGGGCUAAGGGUUGUUUCUGUAUAGAGCCUAUGUUGGGGGCUAGGGGUUGUUUCUGGACAGGGCCUAGGUUGGGGCUAUGGGUUGUUUCUGGAUAGGGUCUAGGUUGGGGCUAAGGGUUGUUUCUGGAUAGGGUCUAGGUUGGGGCUAAGGGUUGUUUCUGGAUAGGGUCUAGGUUGGGGCUACGGGUUGUUUCUGGAUAGGGUCUAGGUUGGGGCUACGGGUUGUUUCUGGAUAGGGUCUAGGUUGGGGCUACGGGUUGUUUCCGGAUAGGGUCUAGGUUGGGGCUACGGGUUGUUUCUGGAUAGGGUCUAGGUUGGGGCUACGGGUUGUUUCUGGAUAGGGUCUAGGUUGGGGCUACGGGUUGUUUCUGGAUAGGGUCUAGGUUGGGGCUAAGGGUUGUUUCUGGACAGGGCCUAGGUUGGGGCUAAGGGUUGUUUCUUGAUAGGGUCUAGGUUGGGGCUAAGGGUUGUUUCUUGACAGGGCUUAGGUUAGGGUUCAUUUUUAGGGCUUGGAACCCUAGUUAGACUGCUGUUAAGGAUAAAUAACUGUUACAGAUCACAUGUCUAUUUAAAUAGAUUUGACAGUUGUUUUUUAAAUAUAAAUAUUAAGUAAAACAAAUGUUUGUAUGUUGGGGGGGGCAAUGGAACUUGACACUGUACGCAUUUGUUGGUUGCAUCGUAGCGUAAUAAAGACAACGUGUAGGUAGUCUACUACUUUGAAAAUCUAUUAUUUCAUAUAUACUUUACAGAAAUAUAAACACAACAUGUAAAGUGUUAGUCACAUAUUUCAUGGGAUGAAAUAAAAGAUACCAGAAAUUUUCCAUAUGCACAAAAAGCUAUUCUCUCAAAUUUUAUUGCACAUUUGUUUACAUCCCUAUUAGUGAGCAUUUCUCAUUUGCCAAAAUAAUCCAUCCACCUGACAGUUGUGGCAUAUCAAGAAGUUGAUUAAACAGCAUGACCAUUACAUAGGUGCACCUUGUGCUGGUGACAAUUAAAGGCCACUCUAAAAUGUUCAGUUUUGUCACACAACACAAUACCACAGAUGUCUCAAGCUGAGGGAGCGUGCAAUUGGCAUUCUGACUGCAUGAAUGUCCACCAGAGCUGUUGCCAGAUAAUUUAAUGUUAAUUUCUCUACCAUAAGCUGCCUCCAAUGUCAUUUUAGAGAAUUUGCCAGUAUGUCCAAACAGCCUCACAACCGCAGACCACGUAUAGCGUCGUGUGGGCGAGCGGUUUGCUGAUGUCAACGUUGUGAACAGAGUUCCCCAUGGUAGCAGUGGGGUUAAGGUAUGGGCAGGCAUAAGCUACGGAAAUUGAACACAAUUGCAUUUUAUUGAUAGCAGUUUGAAUGCAGAGAAACUUUGAUGAGGUCAUGAGGCCCAUUGUCGUGCCAUUCAUCCACCACCAUCACCUCAUGUUUUGGCAUUAUAAUGCACGGCUCAAUGUCUCAAGGUGCUGCACACAAUUCCUGGAAGCUGAAAAUGUCACAGUUCUUCCAAUGGCCUACAUACUCACCAGACAAGUCACACAUUGAGCGUGUUCCAUUUCCCACCAAUAUCCAUCAACUUCGCACAGCCACUGAAGAGUGAGACAACAUUCCACAGGCCACAAUCAACACCUGAUCAACUCUGUGAGAAUGAGAUGUCACACGGCAUGAGACAAAUGGUGCUCACACCAGAUACUAUGAUUUUCUGAUCCACGCUCCUGUCUGUGACCAACCAAUAUAUAUCUGUAUUCCCAAUCAUGUGAAAUCCAUAGAUUAGGGCCUAACGGAUUUAUUUCAAUUGACUGAUUUCCUUAUAUGAACUGUAACUCAGUAAAAGCUUUGAAAUUGUGGCAUGUUACCUUUAUAUUUUUGUUUCACUAAAUGCCAUAUGUACACCCGAUUUGAUUUUCUGCAAUCCUGAAAUUAUUAUAAAUUAUUCU